AUGGACGUUUUCAACGCGAUGAGGUCGUUCUUAGCGGAUCGGAUUUUGUCCCCUUCACCCAAUCAAGUCAAAUCUGGAGGACCAGAUACACCAGAUGACAGUGGCUCGCCGACCUCUGCUACAGAAAACCCUGAUGAUCUGGUUGUGGCCGAAUUAACCAACGUUGCGGCUCUAGUGGAGUUGUCAGUGGCGUCUGGACCGCAGAUCGCGAGCGAGCGUCGUCGAUCCAAUGCCUAUUUUCGGCCAAAGUACAGACAAUUCCGAAGUGACAUCUGCAUGUCAAAGAGUACUUGGGAGGAAUAUCCUUGGUUGGCCUUUGACAUGUUCAAGUGGACCGAGACCUACAGAGUGAUGCAAGACACUGGACGGCUGCCCAAAGACCAAGACCAUGGUCCGCUUCCACAAUAUUGGACACUGUUUACGGCUAUGGUGCUCUACGUUGUCCUUCUCCAGACAAAACGCAUCAUCGACUGUAUUACAGAGGAUAUCCAGACCAGGCUCAAUGGAUUUCCAAAUCUGCCGUCUGUUCCUCUGCGAGCUCGGACAGUUGAGAUGCGUCAGCUGGGGGUGGCAAAACGCCAUAUCGUGAGGUGCUCGGAGGCAUUCAACAGAUUACUCGAGAAUAUGACGCGUGAGCUGUCAGUUGCGCUAGGGGAGAUAAACAAGGAGUCUGGUUCUGUUGAAGCUGGAGAAUAUUAA